CUUGAAUGAAACCGCCAUGGUUUCCAUAAAUGGUUUUUCUUCUUCCCCCGCUCUCUACGAUGGUUCACAAGUCAACUCCCAUCCCACCAUAUAAAUACAACCCAUUCCCUCUAUUCAUCUCUCCACCAUCAACAAGGUAACCAAAAGCGUUUCCAGUCCAUUUUAAGUGUGUUCAUAUUCAAGCAAGAAAAGGUUGCACAAAAACAGAGCAAUGUCGAGCACUGAGGGCCAAGUCAUUCACUGCAAAGCUGCGGUUGCAUGGGAGGCAGGGAAGCCAUUGGUGAUCGAGGAAGUGGAAGUUGCGCCUCCACAGGAAAACGAAGUCCGUCUCAAGAUCCUCUUCACCUCUCUCUGCCACACCGAUGUCUACUUCUGGGAAGCCAAAGGCCAAACCCCAAUGUUCCCUCGCAUCUACGGCCACGAAGCUGGAGGGAUCGUGGAGAGCGUCGGCCCGGGAGUGACGGAUCUGGCGCCGGGUGACAAAGUUCUGCCGGUGUUCACCGGGGAAUGCAAAGAGUGCCGCCACUGCAAGUCUGAAGAGAGCAAUAUGUGUGAUCUCCUCAGGAUCAACACCGACCGUGGAGUCAUGCUCGCCGACGGCAAGUCCAGGUUCACCGUCAAGGGCAAACCAAUCUACCAUUUCUUGGGGACAUCCACCUUCAGCGAGUACACCGUCUGCCACGUCGGCAGCGUCGCGAAGAUCAACCCCGACGCCCCUCUCGACAAAGUCUGCGUCCUCAGCUGCGGCAUCUCCACAGGUCUUGGAGCCACUCUGAAUGUUGCAAAGCCGAAGAAGGGUCAGUCCGUCGCCAUCUUUGGGCUCGGAGCAGUUGGCCUUGCUGCUGCUGAAGGUGCAAGGCUUUGUGGAGCAUCAAAGAUCAUUGGGGUUGAUUUGAACGCGAGCCGAUUCGAGCAAGCCAAGAACUUCGGAUGCACGGAUUUCGUGAACCCGAAAGACCACGACAAGCCUGUCCAGCAGGUGAUUGCUGACAUGACCGACGGAGGAGUCGAUCGUAGUGUGGAGUGUACCGGAAACGUCCAGGCCAUGAUCUCAGCAUUCGAAUGUGUUCACGAUGGCUGGGGUGUUGCAGUGCUAGUUGGUGUUCCGAACAAGGACGACGCGUUCAAGACCCACCCGGUGAACUUCCUGAACGAGAGGACGUUGAAGGGAACCUUCUUCGGCAACUACAAGCCUCGGACCGACCUUCCUUCCGUUGUCGAGAAGUACAUGAACAAGGAGCUUGAAGUGGAGAAGUUCAUUACUCACUCCGUGCCCUUCUCGGAGAUCAACAAAGCCUUCGAAAUCAUGCUGAAAGGAGAAGGGCUGAGGUGCAUUAUUCGCAUGGAGGACUAGACACUGGACAGGGAUGAAGACGGGCGAACAGAGGACAGAAAACAGAGAAGUGACCUUGGUGUUUUAUAUUACUAGUGAUCAGCUUCAGUAAAUAUGGGUGUUCAAUAACAGCUGGUUGCAUUACGCAUUGAUCUAUGUUGUUAUGUUAUCAUUGGGUUCGGCCAGGUUGGUCUUCGGAGUCGUUGAAUUUAAAGAGUUGGGCUGCCUUUUUUUUUCCAUUACAAACAAUCCGGAUGUGUCGUUAUGAAUUUAUUUUUUUGAUAAUGGUGAUGGUAUUAUUAAGCAAAGAAAGAGUUACAAAGAGAGAAACAAGAUACAGUAGAAAGAAAGAAAGAAAGAU